GCCAAGGAAUAGUUGGAAUGAUAAAAGAAAACCAAAAAACAAGAUGGUGUGGGUUUGCCUUAUCCACUUCUUGAGGUUCCUGUGAGUUGCAGAUAUUAGACCAAAACAAAAAAGAAUAAACGAGAAAUAAUGAUCUGAUACUGAUCGAUUGAUACAAUCAGAAAUUGAAAAAUGACCACAAUUCCAACAAGCUUUUCUUCUUCCAUCGACCUAUUUUCACAUCUUACCAACAAAGAUGAUAUCAAAUUGAGCAUUACACGAGGCGGGAAGCAACAAAGAAAGAGGGCUUUCACGGUUUUUGCUGCAAAAUCUGGUGGUUUUUCACUUAAUUCCAUACUGAAGAAAUGUGAAAGAUGUGGAGGUCAAGGUGCCAUAGAAUGUCCAGGAUGUAAGGGUACCGGAAAGAACAAAAAGAAUGGCAACAUUUUUGAGCGAUGGAAGUAAGUAUCAGUUCUUUUCUUUAUUUUUAUUUGUGUUUUCCCGGUUCAAUGUGCAAAAAUAAUCGUUUGAAUAACAAAUAAAUGAUUUAUUUAGUCAAAAAUGAAUUCUUAUGCUCGAGUAACUACGAUACACUCAAUUAUAACAAGUUAAUCGAUUUUUUUUUUUUUGGGGGGUCCAACCAAAAUGCCUGGUUAGAUGCUUCGAUUGUCAAGGAUUCGGAUUAAAGAGUUGUCCUGUUUGUGGAAAAGGAGGCCUCACACCUGAACAACGUGGAGAAAGAUAAUGAUCUUCAUUCUACCUUGAAUUGUUCUCUAGUUUUCUUCAUUUUGUUAUUUUUAUCUUUCUCUACGUUGGAGUCGUCCUUCCUUUGAGAAGAAAAAUCUAUUAACGUAAAAUGUAAAAAUGGUUGCUUGGAUAAUGUAAUAAUUGAUCCGCUGUAAGGUAUCAAACUAUCCUCAAAAUGUAAUGUAGUUUUUGUUUCCAACUCACAAAAUGCAUUGGCGUAAUAUUUUGGAGUUCAGACUUCAGAUUAUGCCUCUCGCUAAAAUUGAUAAAUAAAUACUUUCUCCGUCUCAUAAUUAUUGUCCAGUUUGAGUUUUCAUUUUUAGUUCAAAUUGUAUUAAAAAUAAAAUUUUAAACUGGAUAAUAAUUUUGAGAAAGAGGGAGUAAAUAAUUGUACUUUACCCAAUUUGACGAAUGUAAAAAUGCAAAAGCAAAGCAUUCAAGCCCAUAUGGAUUAGGUCUUGUCGACAGGAAUCUAGAAUCAGAAACUUUCACUAUGAUAAAUUAAGAUUGAAUAUCUAUACUCUUUCCAAAUAACAAGCCCUAAAUUAUUCACCCUUUAGCCUAAUUUUAUCUCGGUUUAAUUAUUAAAAUAUGAGUAGUGAUACAUAUAAGAAAAAAUUAUAAGAAAAUUAGUGUCAAUGCUCUAAAUUAUACUCUAACCUUAAAUACGAAAAUCUUGGAUGGAAAGUUUUAAAAAAUGAAUGGUGCGUAUCAUUUUUUAUCCUUUUUUUUUUGUCAAUUUUUUUCCCCCUACGGCUGUACCUCUCAUUAUUCUUAAAAUAUUUAUAAACAACAAUAGUUCAUGGGGAUUAUUAGUUGCCAUUCGGACGGAUAAUGAAAAGCAUCUAUAUCAGUUUCUAAAAAUACAAAAAACUCGUGAAUGAUAAGUAGUAGACCCAAUAAUGAGGCAUGCGUUGGACAUAAAAGUCGGGAAUAUGGGUUUAGCCGAUUAGGGUGAGAUGUUGAACUACGCAUUAGUGGGCCAAAACUAUGGCCUGCAAUCUAGAGUAGCACACAGAAUUGGAUUCUUGAAGACUAGCACACAGAAUUCAAUAGCAAAAUUGGAAAAAUAGAUCAAAUAUUUUAUAGAACUAAUAAAGGGGUUGUGGUAUAAAGAAAUUGACUCCUUCAGCUUUAAUCAUAUACUCCCUCUGUCCCAAAAUUAAUAUCCAAUUUAAAAUCUCAUUUGUAUUACAAUUUAAACUAGAAAUAAAAAUUCAAACUGGACAAUAAUUAUGGGACGGAGGGAGUACAAAAUAUUGAACCUUGUUAAGGUAAUAGAACAAUUUAAACUAUACGGCUGCCGGAAUUUUCCCAAAGAAUGAUUAUAUUUUCCUAUAGAGAAGUAAAAUUAUUGUAUGUAAGUUGCAGUUUAUACAAGUAUUGAAGACAAUAGAUAUCGUAUGUAGAAAAAAAUAAAAUUUGAAUUUCAUAAACCUCAGAAUGGAGAAUGACAGAGUUCUAAAACAGAAGUAGUAUGAUUAUGGGGAUCAUUUGCAUUGUGUUUGUGGGUUUCAGAUAGAAUUGUUAAACAUCGUAACAAAUUAGUGGAUCAAUUAACAAGUCCAGAGACAAGAAUAAUGAACAACUAAAAUCAAAUUUGUUCUCUUUACAAACCUUAUUAAAUUUUCAUCCUCUUAUAUUCAUUUUAGCCUGAUUAGUUAACCACUAGUUUCAAGAUAUUUGCAGCUGAUUGAUAGCUAUAAAUUGUGUUUUAAUUGUUGAUAUUUUAUUAGUUUAUGAAUUCGGAUGGAUUUAAUUCAUUUUUUUGUUAUUAUUUCUUGUUAGGAGCUGGAAAUAAGAGAUUGGAGCUGUUUUGGAUGAUUUUGCACGACCACAGACUUAAAUACAAAAUUAAAGAAGUUUUGGGGCAAAAGUGAAAAUAUUACAAACUCGAGGAACCAAAGAUGCAAAUCAUGGACUAAUUCUUCUUUUCCAGCAUCUGACCUAAAUUUUCCAUAUAAAUAUACUUUUAGUUUUAUUUUAGAGGGCAGCCGUGCAUCGGCCAAAGGCUAGCACCUCAAACCUUUUAUUUCUUCCAAUUUUCCUUGAAUUUCCAUGGAGAAUAAAGCCGUCGUGUUUCCGUCCAUGAGUGGCUAAGGAUUUUCUUUCUGAUUCA